GCUCCUUGCACCGCGCUUGCUCUGGUACCUAAACACAUUGUUAAAGCGUCCUGAUAACGCUGCUGCUUUUACUUUGUUAGUCUGGUGGUCGCUGGGAAUUAUCAGUGAGCAUUUCUAAAGGAUCUGAGUUUUCUGCUGGAUGAUCUAAAGUCAGCGCUGUUGCCAUGACUACAGACGAGGCGGAGAGUCACCAGAAGAAGCCGAGGCAGCAGGAGGAAGCCGGCCAGCAGGACGCCCGGCCGCCCUCGCCGCCGGAGGAGGGCGAGCAGCUCCGGCCCCGUAACCGCAACUCUGCCGGCCGCGGCCUCUCCCGCCUCUUCUCGUCCUUCCUGAAGAGGCGCUCGCAGUGCGACAGCGAGGGGGGAGAGAGGGAGGACAAGCAGGGGGAGGAGGAAGCCAAAGCACCCAUCGCUGACCCCGAACCUGAGCUGAGGACGGAGGGAGAGGUGGCCCCAGACCAGCACUCAGUGAGCAGCGCUGAGGCUCAGGCUGUUCAGGUAGAGAAGAAGGAAGUGGGGGAGGAGGAGGAGGAGGAGGAAGGAAAAGACAAAGACAAAGAGAAGGAAAAAGGAGAAGAAGCCAUCCUGGAGAAGGAGGACAAAGAGAAGGAGGAGGAGGAGAAGAAGGAGGAGGCUCCUGAAGGAGGCGAUAAGGAAGAGAAGGAGGAGAAGGUGGAGGAGGAGGAGGAGGAGGAGGCCAAAGCUCCACGAGCUCCACGACGACCGAAGACCAUGCAGAUCAAAGUGACGCUGCUGGACGACGCUCUGUUUGAGUGUGAGCUCGAUAAACAUGCCAAAGGCCAGGAGCUGUUCAUGAGGGUGUGUGACCACCUGAACCUGCUGGAGAAGGACUACUACGGUCUGGCUAUCUGGGAGACCCCCGUCAUGAAGACCUGGAUGGACCUGACUAAGGAGAUCCGCCGGCAGGUUCAAGGUGCCAACUAUGAUUUCACCUUCAAUGUGAAGUUUUAUCCUCCAGACCCGGCCCAGCUCUCCGAGGACAUCACAAGGUACUACCUGUGUCUCCAGCUGAGGAAGGACAUCCUGCAGGGCCGCCUCCCCUGCUCCUUCGUCACCCUGGCCCUGCUCGGCUCCUACGCCUUGCAGUCAGAAAUCGGAGAGUAUGACCCGGAGGUGCACGGCAGUGAGUACGGUAAAGAGAUGAAAAUGGCUCAGGGUCAAACCAAGGAGCUGGAGGACAAGAUGAUGGAGCUACACCAAACAUAUAGGGCCAUGAGUCCAGCCCAGGCGGACAUGAUGUUCCUGGAGAACGCCAAGAAACUCUCCAUGUACGGAGUGGACCUGCACCAGGCCAAGGAUCUGGAUGGUGUGGACAUCAUGCUGGGCGUCUGCUCCAGUGGUCUGAUGGUUUACAAAGACAAGCUGAGGAUCAACCGCUUCCCCUGGCCCAAAGUCCUCAAGGUGUCCUACAAACGCAGCAGCUUCUUCAUCAAGAUCAGACCGUCUGAGGUGGAGCAGUACGAGAGUGCGAUCGGCUUCAAACUGCCAAACUACAAGGCAGCUAAGAAGCUGUGGAAAGUGUGCGUGGAACAUCACACCUUUUUCAGGCUCACCUCCACAGAGAUGGCCACUACUCCCAGGAAGUUCCUGGCGUUGGGCUCAAAGUUUCGUUACAGCGGUCGCACUCAGGCUCAGACCAGACAGGCGAGCUCUCUGAUCGACAGACCGGCUCCUCUGUUCCAGCGAUCGUCCAGCAAGAGGAACUCCCGCAGCCUGGAUGGAGCCAUGGCCUCCACCCCUGACAACAAGUCCACUCGUCCAGUCAGUGCUCCUGUGAUGUCACCGGUGUCACCCGGGGAGGCGACCCCAUCCCCGCUGCUCCCGGCCCUGCGUCGCUUCGACCACCGCGACGGCUCCGCCCCCAGAGGACAUCGCUUUGGAGACAGGAAGUCGGCAAAGAAGGCGGAGAGUCAGCAGACCGAGCACGGCAAGAGCCAGAGUCCCAGACCAGAGAGCACUCCGGAAAUCAAGACAGUGGCGAGGAGAGAGCGAAGGCACUCACCCUCUGUGACCACGGCCAACGGGGAGAGAGAAAAAAAGAGCCAGCACUCUCCUCAGGACAAAUCAAAGAUGGAAGUGAUGCGAGUGAGGAAGAAAAGAGCAAAGAAACUUGAGGGGGAAACGAUUUAUAUCAGACAUAGCAAUUUAAUGUUGGAGGACGUGGAUAAAACCCAGACUGAGAUCAUGCGUCACCACACAAGCAUCAGUGAGCUGAAGAGGAGCUUCAUGGAAUCAGUACCCGAGCCUCGGCCCAGCGAGUGGGACAAACGUCUCUCCACCAACUCACCUUUCCGCACCGCGAGCAUCAACGGGCAGCUGCAGCCAGCGUCUCCCGUGCUAAAGACCCAGACAAUCACCAUCUCUGACGUCACCAACUCCCUGAGAGAGAGUGUCAUCUACCAGGACGUCCCCUUAGUGCACACUGAGACCAAGACCAUCACAUAUGAGUCAGCACAGGUUUCUCUCCCACAGCCGGUGGACACCCUGGCAGAGAGGGACUCAGGAGUGCUGCUGAGUGCCCAGACCAUCACUUCCGAGACCAUCAGCACCACCACCACCACCCAGAUCACCAAGACGGUGAAAGGAGGGAUCUCUGAGACUCGCAUCGAGAAGAGAAUCGUCAUCACCGGAGACACAGAGAUCGAUCAUGACAAGGCUUUGGCUCAGGCGAUUAAAGAGGCCAAGGAGCAGCACCCUGACAUGUCUGUUACCAAAGUGGUGGUGCACCAGGAGACAGAGAUCAGCCCCGAGUAAGACGAUGAUCCUUUGGAAGACCUCUCAGCUUCACCUCUCCCUCCUUUCUUGUAUCUCUAUCACACCAUUUCCUGCAGCACCCCCUCCCCAGCCAUCACACCUGACUGCACUCUACCUGAACCCACCAGACCACAUCAGAGGGAACCAGCUCAACGUUGAACUCUGACCUUUAACCCUCAGGAGAAGGAGAUGGACCCUACCAGUAUUCCCCACAAUCCCCUCUUGUUCCAGUUACUGCCAAAAGAUCAACCGCUGGACUGAAAACAGAAGAAAAAAAAAUUUUAUAGAAGAGAAAAAAGAAAAUAAAGUACAGCAUUUGUGGAUUUAUUCCUCUCCAAUUUGUCUGGAGAUUUUAAAGAAAUUUUCAAGGGCAUUUGGUCUUUUAAUCAUGAGAUUCCUGGUACUUUAUUUUUCUACAGCUUUUCUUACCAUCAGAAUUGGUGAUCGAUAACUUUUUAACAGAGUGUUUCAAACUGCAUCGACAAAGGGAUUGUGGGUGAUUUUUCGUGGCAUCAGGACUCAAGGAUCCCUCUCAAAUUCUAGCGUGAGUUUGGUGUCAUCUCUUGUACAGUAAAAUCUUUUAUUUUCCCUCUCAAUGUGAAAAAAUAUUUUUUCAAUUUAUGUAUAAAAAAAGAUUGAUUUUAUCAAACCUUUCACCUUCCUGAGAGUUCUGACUUCUGUUGUGCGAUCUGUCCAUCUUUGGUUGUUUUAGUUGUGCUUGUUGUUGUCGUAGCGCUUGUGCCACUAGAUCAGGGUUUUCUGAGGACCAGGGAGACAACAGUUUACUGAAACCAUCUUUGCUUUAUUUAUUAUUCCUCGUUCGUCUUCUUUUUGUGUGUUUUAGAUCAGCAAAGUUUUCUGUAACAUCAGGAUUUUGUACUGAGGGCACUAAGCAUGAUGUCUACAGUAUUCUACAUAUGUUUCACAUUCUGACUUUUCUGCACAAUGGGCAGUGUGUACCCGUGCAGAGAGAGGGCGCGAGGUGAUCUUUACCUCAUUGACCUGCACAAGCCUCAUUAGAGCCUUUACAUUCAUGCCUCUGAUUUGAUUAUAUCUAACAAGAAAAAACUCCAAUUAUUACUUCACAUGAAGGUUAUCUGGUUAAUGUGGUUAAUUACUCUCAUUCAUUACACCAGUUAUCAACACGCAGAGCGGGAGUGAACUUUAGGCUUCUGCAAGCUUGAAGGCUAAUUAUGGCAUCACUUGGCAGUUAUGUUUGCUUUUUAUGUCCACCAUUUGAAUCAGUCCUGAGUCCAUGUGAGUAGAGUCAAUGUGUAUAUGUGCUUUAAAGAAGUCUUGACUCACGAGUAGUGAGCAAGCGUGUAAAGAAUCCAACAGUUUUUCCAGAUGAAUCUUAAAAUCGUGGUUCAGGACACUGUAGCUUCACAUUACGGUGGCUGACACGGUCUGAACCACCAUCAUUAGGAGAAACAUGCUUCAUGCUUAAAACCAAUGCACAUUCAUAAACACAUGCUAAAGUAAAAAACAAAUGCAACAGUGGAAAUGUCCCGCAAAUGAUAAAAGUGCUGCAAAAAGCCAAAAAUACUGCUCAGACAACAAACUCUGUGACUGCUCCAUCUCAGGAAUCAUUGUCAAGUUGUUUGAACAGUUCGCCCUGCAGAGAGAGCAGCAGCUGGAAGUGGCAGCUGUCAAACCAGCCACCCGCUUGCCCACAUGCUUGUGGCUGCAAGUACAUAAGAAUCCAGGUCUGGAGGGGUGCACUGAAUGAAACGGGUUCUCAAGAACAUGAAGUUUUCACCCAAACCAGACUCUUCUUAAACUUGAAGAUUUAUUAUUCAGAUAAGAAAGUGGAAUAGUAUAACAUGAGUCACAUAAGAUUACGUAGCUGCGGCUAAAUGAACAUGCUUUAUUCAGAGCCUGACAGCUGAGCAGUCUGCCAUAGUAGCCCUAGCUGCACGGCUAACAUAGAGUUGGAGCUACUUAAGCUGCACCAGAAACAGUUAAUUUCGUGUAGCAAUCUGUACAUCAGAAUUUUUUUAAUUGAAGUCGGAAGUUUUUUGUACCCUGAUGACUGGUGCUGAUGAUGUUUUGUGUCUCUUGUUAAGUGGUCUGAUAUAAGUUCACUAGAUCGUCUUCGUAUCAACAAAGGCGAAACAUAACCUUGAAUAUAAACAUAUGAAUCCAAAGUGUUGUACGAUUUUAAUUGAUUAAUAACGAAACAAAGUGAAGCACAAUGUUUGUGAUUCUGGAAGCCAUUAACAGAUUGUUUACAACACAUGUACACCUUUAUUAUCUUCAAACUAUGAACUUGUCCUGCUUAGUUUAAAGACAGGAAAUACGAACGUCACAGAGGCCAAGUUUUCCUCCUGCUCUACACACUGCCCAUUAUCUCAAGACUCUUAUUUAGUACAGUUCAUGUAGUUCAUAUUUGUCUAUUUUUGAACAUGAUGCUUUUUUAGAACAUAUAUUCUGUACAGUCCUUUCCAACACAUCGUAGUUCUUCACUGUGCUGUCGUCCCUCUUCUCGUUGGAAUCAAGCAAACUUUUUUCUUUCAUGUGAACCCUCACAAUUUUCCACCACAGGAAGACAUGUAAUAAAGAACACCAUACACAGAAUAAAACACGAAUGUAGACAUUG